CGAUUGCAGAGUUCAAAGCACAGAUGUGUUCACAUUAUGAAGCGUUGCAAGAGUAUAAUUCUUUACCUGGAGAAGAGGUCCUGCUGACUGACCGCUACACUCCACUGCUGAUCAUUGAGAAACACCGAGAUCAGGAGGAGAGGGAGAAGGAGAUUUGCAGGAGUGGACCAGGCUUCAUUGGUGCCAGAAUUGAGGAAUAUAAAAGCACCACAGUGGACCAGUUCUUUAGGCCCAAAGAUAAUGGCCGCAUUCCCAGAGCAGUGAUUCUUCAGGGCAAUUCUGGUCAUGGCAAGUCCCUUACUGCUCAGAAGAUCAUACUGGACUGGGCAUCAGGAAGUCUCUACCAGAAUCAGUUUGCACUCGUUUUACAUCUGAGCUGCAAAGAACUCAACCUCAUAUACAGUAAAGGAGUGCAAAAGAGUGUUGCAGGUCUUGUUAGCUUGAGCCAGAAAUUUACCCCACUGGUCCUAAAGACACUGAAGGACUUGCCUCAGAAGGUGCUCCUUCUUCUUGAUGGAUUUGACGAGCUCCAAUUCCCAGUGUGUGAAGUCAGCAAUUCUCCUGUGAAAGACCUUUCCACACCAGCUCCUGUUGAGGUCAUCCUGGGUGCGCUGCUGAAGGGGAGCAUCCUCUCUGAGUGCCACCUGCUGGUCACCACCAGGCCCUCUGCUUCAGGUGAACUGAACAAGCUGCUCAAACGUCCUGUACGCUGCACUGAGGUGCUGGGCUUCACUGAGGAGGGCGUACACGAGUACAUCAAGAGGUUCUGUAAAGAUGACGAGGUCUGGAAGAAUGUAUCCAGCAGAGUAAUGUCAAAUGAAACGCUCUUCACCUCCUGCUUCAUUCCUGUCAUCUGCUGGAUCGUGUGCACUGUAUUUAGGAACCAUUUGCAAAAGAAUGUAGAAAUGACUAAUAGUCUGCAAACAACCACCUCAAUAUUUGUCAACUUUGUGUCGAUUCUGCUGAAGCACCACUGCUGGGGUUUGAAGCAGCCUGUAGCAGCUCUGCUGAAGAGCCUGGGCCAGCUGGCAGAGACAGGGAGACAGAAACAGCAAGUUCUGUUCAGCAAGGGAGUUGUGUUCAACACAGUAUCCGACCCAACCAGUGUCCCCUUCCUGUGUAAAUUUCUCGUGAAGGAGACAGUGGACAUGGUGGAAAUGUUCAGUUUCAUGCAUCUGAGCUUUCAGGAAUUCUUCUCUGCCCUCCACUACAUACUGUCCCAAGAUGAAGAGAUGAUCAAGGAGUUGCUCGCAUCCACAAGGCACCCCAAAGACAGAAUCCAUCGUCUACCUGUCAUUCAGUUCCUCUUUGGUCUUUCAAAUGUGAAGGUGAUGCAAGUUCUGCAGAAGCAUGGCCUGAACCCCAACCCUCAAUCUAAAGAGCAGCUUAAAGAGUGGGUACUCUAUCAUAUCAACAAAAAUUCUCAGAAAAAACAUGUGAUGCGCUUCAUUCUCCACUGUCUGUACGAGCUCCACGAAGAGGAGUUUGUGAAGAGUACAAUGGCAAUAUGGGGUAAGGUGAGCUUUGUGUCCAUCUCUCUGACGAGGACAGACUGCUGGGUGCUGCUGUACUGCCUGCAGUGUUGCCCCACCAUCCCAAGUCUGGAGCUGAAACGGUGCAACAUCACAGCAGAUAAGAUGAGAUUGCUGCAGCCUGCUCUGAGCAGGUGUCAAGAGCUGGGCUUACAGCACAGUAGCCUGUCGUAUGAGAGCAUGCAGCAGAUCCUCAUUGCUCUCUCUAGGCAGAAGAGUGUGGGAAGGGUUUGGGUUUGCGUGAAGACCAUCACCCCCAACACUGUCCAGACUCUCCUGCGCUUCAUGAAGAGCUCACAGACUGCAGAUGUCGGAUUUUUUGCUGCCAUCGUGGAUGAGACGUUGAAAUUGGAAUCUGUUUUGGUGCUAGAGGAGGCAGUGGACUUGCUGGUGGAGCAGCUGGCUCAAGACCGCAUCGUCAGAAUUGGAGGGGGGUACCCGCACCCCAGAACUUUUGACACCAAGCUGCAGAAGGACUACGUUGUCCAGGUGAUCGUCAACGCCCCCGUAACCACGACUACCACCACCGAUACGCCACACACGCCCCACACCACGCCCCCCAUGUGCACUACCGCCAUCUACAGGCCUAAGAGAACUGCAGCUAUUCUCAACCUAAGGUCUCCAGAGGUCUCCUAA